AUGGACACCGACGGCGAAUCGAUGACCAUAAUCGAACAAGAGGAUUCCGAAGAUCUAGAUUUAAUGCUCACCAACAGUUUCGUAACGGAAGACUUCGAUGCAACCGAAGAACGUCUAACUAAAAGUAACUCAGUUCACGCUUGCAAAGUGUGCGAGGACGUUUUCAGAUGCAGGCAGGAGCUCGUCCAGCACAUGCAAGACAGCUACAACUGCAGAACUAAGAAGCUCUACAGAUGCGUGCAGUGCCAAGACAUAUUCCCCAACGUAGGAUCUUUUCAACUACAUUUAGUCUCCCAUUUUCAAGAAAAUUCCGAAUCUGGCAACAGCAAAGACGGCGAAUUUUCCAAAAAUGUAUGCGAACUCUGCGGAAAAGACUUCACCACGCAGCAACUCAAAAAGAAACACAUCGAAAUACACUUCGAUCAAAGAGGCUCCGUGCUGUGCCCCAUAUGCGGGAAAUGCAUAACGUCCAAAGACAUGUACCACAGGCACAACCUUAUGCACAACUACAAGUCCUCGAAGAAGCGCAGGAGCGAAUUCGAAUGCCACAUUUGCCACGAGAACCAGAAGGGUGCUCGUAGGCUACGGGAACACUUACGAUCGCACACGGAGGAACCGUCCUUCGAAUGCCACACCUGCAAUAAGACCUUCGGAAAGAAAGGCACGUUAAGAAUGCACAUAAAAAAAUCACACUACAAACCGUCCAAGCCGAUGAGGAGCAAAAGAAUCGCCAAUAUGAAGAAAAAGACCACAUGACUCGUGUACACAAAUAUACGAUUAUUUUAAAAGUUACUAAAUACUUAUUGUAA